UUUCCAUUACAAAGCAAGUAACAUGCGAACAAUGAGUAUCACUUCUUACAUCCUCUUACUCUGUCUUAUUAUCUACAGCACUAAUGCUCGAAAUCCCACCAGAGAAGCUCUGGAACUUACAAUUGGCACCGGCAAUGGCAGCAAAGAUAGCGAAUCGAGCAAGGCCUGUAAUCUUCCAUUGAAACUCAGUUGUCAGUUACCGGGAACCCAUUUAGCCAACCAAGUGUUGAAGUUUGCAGAUAAGAGGCUGGCUUUAAUAUAUCCAGUGAUACAAAAGUUCAAGUCUUUAAUCACCUCGGAUCCUCUGGGAAUCACCCAAACAUGGGUUGGUUCGGAUAUCUGCAGUUACAAAGGAUUCUACUGUGAUAAUCCACCGGACAACAAGUCCGCCAUUGCUGUCGCUUCCAUCGAUUUCAAUGGAUUUCAACUCUCAGCCGCUUCGCUCGACGGUUUCCUCGACCAGCUACCGGAUAUCGCGCUAUUCCAUGCAAACUCCAACAACUUUAGCGGCUCUUUUUCUUCGAACAUAGCCAAGCUUCGUUAUCUGUACGAGCUCGACAUAAGCAACAACCGCUUUUCAGGGCCGUUUCCGGUUGCCGUUCUGAACAUGCCCGGUUUAACGUUCUUGGACAUUCGUUUCAACUUCUUUACCGGCGCGGUUCCUUCUCAAAUCUUUACGCAGAAUCUCGACGCUCUUUUUCUUAACAACAACGAUCUCAUGAUCCGUCUGCCUGAUAACAUCGGCUACACACAUCUCUUUUAUCUCACCUUGGCCAACAACAAGUUCAAUGGUCCACUUCCCAGAACCAUUUUCAAAGCUUUCUCAUCAUUAGCCGAGGUUCUUCUCUUAAACGACCAGCUCACAGGUUGUAUACCCUAUGAGAUCGGUUUGCUCAAGAAAGCUGUCGUUUUCGACGCCGGAAACAACCAGUUGACCGGUCAUUUACCUUUCUCGUUAGCUUGUGUGGAGAAUCUGGAACAGCUGAACUUCGCCGGUAAUCUUCUGUACGGAGCGGUCCCAGAGGUGGUCUGCGAGCUCGGGAAGCUGGUUAAUUUAUCGUUGUCCGACAACUAUUUCAUGUACGUCGGUCCACUGUGUCGGAUUUUGAUCGAGAGAGGGGUGUUGGAUGUUAGAAACAACUGCAUCCCGGAUCUUCCGUUUCAGAGACCGGUUGAGGAUUGUGCGAAUUUCUUUUCUCGUCCGAUAUUCUGUCCUCGUAUGUGGUCUUACAAUUACAUCCCUUGUCACUAUUUUCCUUACACUUCUCUAAUCCCUGAAAUGGCUCCUUCACCUUAACCUUCUUAACGGAAUUCUGUUUUUUUUUUACCCUUUAAAGUUUCCGUUUUUUUAUAAGCUAUUCUUUCACUUCCUAUGUAACAAAAAUAUAAGAUCAAUUGUUGGUCGAUUAUGGAAAAAUCUGAACAACUCUGUUAUCGUUUCUGUUUGAAAGGUUCUUCGUUUUUUCAGUUUUAAACGAAGGAAAGAUUAUCAAUAAAA